GUUCCUAUAGUAACCGUCAUACAGGAAGCGGAAGUUCAGCUAACGAUCAAAGUCUGCUAAAAACAAGAAAACCGAUACAUUUGCGUUAUUUACAAACAACAACAACAACAUUAAGGAUUAAGCGACUUUAGUGUAAGUUAAAGUACAUUUCGUGAGGUAAUUCAAACAGGUGGUAAUGGGUGCAAAGGCGAGUACUUUGACGAAAGAUGAAGUUUCCGAAUAUCAGGAGCUCACAUUUCUCACAAAGCAAGAGAUCAUACAGGCAGACAAAAUAUUUCAAGAACUCCUAGGUGAGAACAGAUCACGUGAGAGAAAUCCCAGGGUGUCCCAAAAGAAGAUCCUCACACUUCCAGAACUUAAAUCGAACCCUUUCGGGGAUCGGAUCUGUCACGUGUUCUCCACCUGUGAAGUGAGGGAUGGCAGCCUGAGCUUUAAAGAUUUCCUGGAUCUCCUGAGUGCCUUUAGUGAUUCAGCAACCAUGGAAAUCAAAUCCCACUACGCCUUCCGGAUUUUCGACUUUGAUGAUGACGGUACCCUUGAUGCUAAAGACCUGGAGAAACUGGUGAAACGUCUGACUGGAGACACAGAAGAGAAACAUAACCGCUCGACUGGAGAUUUAAACAAAAGCUCUCUCAGUGACUUGGAAAUGAAACAGCUGAUUGACAACAUCCUGGAGGAGUCCGACAUUGAUAAAGAUGGAACUGUGAACCUCUCUGAAUUUCAGCACGUGAUCUCCAGAUCUCCAGACUUUGUCAGUUCAUUCAAGAUUGUGUUGUAAAGUUUACGCAAUAUCGAAACAACUUUCCGGUCCAGAUUAUUCACCUUCCCGAUCAAGAUCCCGAUGUAGCACCUUGAUUGUACAUGUAUUCUCUUAUUCAACAUUUCUACACUUUAUGUAUUUGAAAAACAUUUUUACGCAUUAAAAAUUUAAUAAGAAAUCUACUUUCUAAUCUGUAUUUUGAAUGAUAUAUUUUUACCUAACUUAAUAAACUUUUAUCCUGUAA